AUGGGUCCAUCCACCCCAGCCUGGAGCACUGACAACACAACAAUGAAUGGAAGUUACUACAGUGAAAGCUUACACUGUGACACCAUGUACAAAAUCAUCAGUAUUCUUACUGUCAUCAUUGCUGUAGUAGGGCUGGCAGGAAAUGCCAUAGUGCUGUGGAUUCAGGCCUUCCACAUGCAAGAGAAUGAAUUCUCUGUAUAUAUCUUCAACCUUGCAGGGGCUGACUUCCUCUACCUUUGCUUUCAGGCAAUGUAUACCCUGGAGCAUAUCCUUCUUCUGUUCCAUACCUCCUACUUCAAAAUUCCCAUCUCUCUCAUCAAUGUAUUAAUCUUUGCUUACCUUGCAGGUUUAUGUAUGAUUGCAGCCAUCAGUGUUGAGCAUUGUCUGUCAGUUUUGUGGCCCAUCUUGUAUCAGCGCCAACGACCAAGAUACAAGUCAUCUGUCCUGUGUACACUGCUCUGGGCCUUUUCUCUAUUGUUAAGCCUCCUGUCAGGGUAUGGUUGUGGCUUACUAUUUAGUUAUUAUGACCAUUCUUCCUGUAGGACUUAUAAUUUUAUCACUGCUGCAUUUGUAAUACUAUUAUCUGUGGUUUCUUGUGGAUGCAGCCUGGCCCUGUUGGUCAGGAUCUUCUGUGGCUCACAGAGGAUUCCUUUGACCAGUGUGUAUGUGACCAUUUCACUCACAGUGCUAGUCUUAUUACUCUUUGGUUUGCCCUUUGGUAUCUGGUGUUUCCUCUUAGCUUGGAUUGCAGAGUUGCAUAGAGUUUUCCCUUGCAAUGUUUAUGCAAUGACAACUUUCCUAUCCUGUGUUAACAGUUGUGCCAAGCCCAUCAUUUACUUCUUUGUUAGCUCCAUUAGGUCUUGCAGGUUCCAGAAGCAGACUCCAAACAUUCAUCUGCAGAGAGUCAUGCAGGAUACUCCUGAGGAAGAAGACAGAGAGAGGGCUUCUUCAGGAAAUCAUGGAGAGCAGGAAUCAGUCUGA